GCACCACUACCUGGUGUUGGUGUAGCUCCUAUGUUCUCGCCUCUUCCUAACCCUAACUUGCAGCAGCAAACAUUGAAUUUUCCGAAUCCUUCUGUUCAGCCUCCCGGAGUGAAUUCUGUGCCGCCGUCGAUGAUUCCAGCACCUACAGCUGGUGCUGGAGCUGUACAGAUGGGCUCGGCGCCGCAAAUUAUGCCGCCUUAUGCUAUGCCUGGACAGAUGAUGAGACCGUACGCUCCUAUGCCUAACGGUUACCAUGCUAUGCCUCCGCAUGCUCCACAGGGAGCCAUGAUUCAUCCCGUUUCUUGAAUGGUUUCGGUGAGAAAGGUGGGAAGGCUUCAUAUUGCUGUUCAUUAGAGACUACUGAGUACUCCAACUGCUUUUUUGGUAUGAGCACGUCUGCUUGUUUUUGUUUUUAUUUCAUUUAUCAUUACAAGGUCAUUUGCUUUCGAACACAUCUAUUUUCUGUGAAGUACCAAAAGUGGAGCUUUCUCACCAUGGACAUAUAAUUUUCUAUGUUAUGUAAUGUCUGAAUAUGCGUGUACUACAGUAGAUUUACUUUUAGUAGUAAGGGUACUACCCCUUUGUUGGGAUCUUGAUUCUUGAAAUGCUGGCAGCAGACCUUGUUAACAACUGAAUGCAAGUAGCCUAUACACCAAGGUAUCACAAUCUUUUCAUUUUACCUGCUUGUGUUGUCUUUCCGGCUAUUUUUCUGCGGUACAUGAUGAUGUUAAUGUUUGACAUGUGUAAAGAUUGUCUUAAAAUAUGUUAUCAUGCUAUCAAUUGCAUUACUGAUGAUGAGACGCUGGAAGUCUCAUCUUAAUGUAUUCAAACCUUGCAAAUCAUUCUUGGGAAUUUGGACAGUUAGAUCAGAUUUCUUUGCAAGUGGAUGCAUAAGGUAAGCCCUAUUCACAUGUUAGUGGUUUAUGAAAUGGAUGUUAUUAUCUUGAUCCUUCAGGUUAUCUGUUCAGCUCGUGAGUGUUCUCAUGCCUAUGGUGCCAUCUCAUAAUGCUUGUAAUGUUUGGAAUUCCGCGUUAUGCAUCACCGUACACACAGAUGGCUCGACCAGUGUUUCCUCCACGCCCACUAGGUGCAGUAGGCAUUAUUCCUCCCUUGAUGCGCCCUCCAAUCCCUAUGAUGCGUCCUCCAAUCAUUCCUCUUGUUGCCAGGCCAGCUGCCAUCCCAAGCAUUACUCAAACAGAGAAACCACAAACAACAGUUUAUGUUGGCAAGAUAUCGUCCACUGCAGAAAAUGAGUUUAUGCUUUCUCUUUUGCAGCUCUGCGGGCCUGUUAGGAGUUGGAAGCGUGCUCAAGAUCCGACUAAUGGAUCACUGAAAGGUUUUGGGUUUUGUGAGUUUGAGGCUGCUGAGGGAGUUCUCCGUGCAUUAAGAUUGCUCAACAAAUUAAACAUCGACGGGCAGGAGCUAAUGUUAAAUGUCAAUCAAGCAACUCGCGAUUUCCUUGAACGGUACGUUGAAAAGAAAGCAGAAAACUCGAAGAAACCCAAAGAGUCUGAAACUGAAGGCACUGAGAAAGAAGAAGAAAGUGCAUUAGGUGGGGAGACGAAUGAAAAUGCAAAGACGCCCACAGAACCUCCUGAGUCUAGUACAGAAGAAUCAAAGCAAGAUAGUGGUGAUAAAGGGAACAAAGAAAAUCUCGAUGCUGCUAACUUUGGUCUGGUCACUGAUGAAGAUAGACAAGCUGACAAAGAGGCCUUGGAGAAGCUCAAGGAUAUGAUAGAGGAAAGGCUGAAGAAUAAACCAUUACCACCUCCACCUCCACCUCCACAAGCACCUAAAGAUGGUUCUGAUAACUCAUAUACGGAAAACCUCAAAGAUGGGGAACCAGGUAGAGAUACAGCAAAAAAUGAAGAAAAAAAUGACGAUGUCAACGAAAGUAAAACUUCAAGUGAGCAUGACAAGGCUGAGAUUAGCUCACCGGACCAUCGUAGGCAAGAUAGGAGAAGCAGGGAUCGGGAGAGGGAUUUGAAGAGGGAAAAGGAAAGGGAACUCGAAAGGUAUGAGAGAGAACGUGAACAAGAACGAACUAAGAGAGAGAAGGAGAGAGAGUACAAGACCCGCGAAGAUGACCGUAGGUACAAGUCCCGUGAAAAAGAGUGGGAAACAAGAGAAAGGGAGAGGGAACAUUGGCGAAAAAGAGAGAGAGAAAGGGAGAAAGAAAGGGCUCAGGAACGCAAAUGGGAUAUAGUGGAACAAGAACGUGAAUGUGAAGAUGGUUAUAGAAAAAGAAAACACAGGACUAGUGACGAGGAGAGGAAAAGACGGCAGAGGGAGAAGGAAGAUGACUUGGCCGACAGGUCUAAAGAAGAAGAAGAGAUUGCUGAGGCUAAGAGAAGAGCAGACGAGGAACAUCAGAAAAAAGAACAGGAGGAGGCAUUGAAAAUCCUUUCUGGUCAUCUAGCCAAUGGACGUGAAAAAGCUGUUUCAUAUGAGGAAAACAAUCUUGAUAGCCAAGAUAAGAAUAUCGAGACUGCUCAGGAUAAUUUAAGCCAGGGUGAAGGAGUUGCACAAAAUGGGACUGAUGAAGAAUCCGUGUUGGCAGCUACUGCAGCAUCAGACAUGAGGCAUAAUAGCAAUGCCCCUACGAAAAGGUUAGAAUUUGGCCUCUCAGGGUCAGGAAAAAGAGCUGCUGUCCCGUCUUUCUUCAAUGCGGAUGAGGAUGAGGAUACUCAAAAAGAAAAGAAAAUGAGGCCAUUGGUUCCAAUUGACUACUCAGCUGACGAGCAACAUCUGGUCCAACCUUCCAUCUCUGAAGCAUCGCCAACUACAGCUGCAGAAUUUGCUAAGCGAAUUUCAAAUGUCAAUGCUAAAGAAGAGAGGCCUGACGUAGAGAAGGAGAGACACAGAAGAACUCAUGACAGAUCCAGCCAGAGGGAUCGGGACAGGCAUGAUGAGGAGACUAGCCGAACCAGGGAUGACGGUAGAAACCUUGAUCAUGACAGAGUUCGGGAACCUAGACCUGAUAAGGUUAAGACGCCUGAUAAUCAGAAGCUUUUAGAUGCAAAGCAAUUGAUUGACAUGAUUCCAAAGACCAAAGAUGAGUUGUUCUCUUAUGAGAUAAACUGGGCUAUUUAUGACAAGAAUGCAUUGCAUGAAAGGAUGAGACCGUGGAUCAGUAAGAAGAUCACUGAUUUUCUUGGUGAGGAGGAGCCGACGCUGGUAGACUACAUCGUCUCCAGCACUCAAGAACAUGUCAAGGCAACUGAGAUGCUGGAGAGGCUCCAAAGUAUAUUAGAUGAAGAAGCUGAAAUGUUUGUUCUGAAGAUGUGGAGGAUGCUUAUAUUUGAAAUCAAGAAAGUCGAGACAGGUUUGGCUUUGAGGCCCAAAUCCUAAUUUCAGUUAUGUUCUCACCUGUAACUUGGAAACAUAUUCAUAAUGCUCUUGCUACUUAUCAAAUCAUUGUAGAACUGUGUUCUUUCAAGCAUAAAAAUGAUAAAUAGUUUAGGUUAAAAGUUGGUUAUUUUGUGAUUCUCUUAAUUCAUUCCAGCUUCAAGGUUGCGUUGCUUUC